GACCCUGCCGCAGCCUCCCGCCGUUGCCAUGGCGGCCGUUGGCGCUCUGGCUGUUGUUCUUCCUUCAGCUCCAGGCGGCCGCACGGCUCCCAGCAGGCCUCGGCUGGCCGGCCGGCCUGGGCGCGCCGCCGCCGCCGCACACGGGCACUGGCGGCUGUGACGAGGCGCCCGGCGCCCCGGGGCCCUGCGGGGAGGAGCCUCGCUGCCUUCGCUCCCCGCCAUCAAACUUUCCGCUCGCUCCCCGGCGCCGGCGAGCCGACCGCACAUGGCAGCGCAGCGGAGCGGCGGGCGGGUGGCGCGCCGGCCCUGAGCGCAGCAGCCCCCGGGAAGGAUCUGGCCGCCCCUCCGUGGCCGCCGCCGCCGCAGCCGCAGCAGCAGCAGCAGCAGCAGCAGCAGCAGCAGCAGCCGCCGGCGGCUCCUUCCCCCGCCCCAGGAGCAUCCCCGCGCCGCCCUGCGAGCUCACCCGCCCGGCAGCGACGGCGCCAGGAGCACAGCGGCUUGCAGCCGGCCAGGACAUCUGGGGGCGGCAGCGGGGGGCUGCGGUGCUGCCGGGGCUUGCGGCGCCUCCCCCCCGCCGGCCAGGCCCGUCACCGAAAUGCCCGGCAUCCCGCGGGAGCGAUGAAGCAGCCAUGACCUCCGGUGCCGGCAGCCGGCCCCUCCGGCCCUGCAAGCCGGACGCGGGCCAGGAGGGGAGGCGGCAGCCGCCGCGGCCGUCGUCCCGGCGGGCGCUGCCCCUUGUCUUCACCAUCUUCGUCUGGCUGGGCACUGGCACCACCAUGGCCAGCCUCAACAAGUGGAUCUUCGCCAUCCACAAUUUCCGCUACCCGUUGCUGCUCUCUUCCCUGCACAUGCUCUCAGCGGUGGCUGUGGGCUACCCGCUGGCGAGGCUGCGGGGCCGUCGGCUGCCGGGGCCUGGCCCGGCCGCCCGGCCUCGUGCCCGGAUCUACCUGCUCAGCCUGACCUUCUGCACCAGUGUGGCGUUCGGCAACCUGGGCCUCAACUACGUGCAGCUGGAUGUGGCGCAGGUGGUGUACACCACCACGCCACUCUUCACCCUGGUGCUCUCAGCGCUGCUGCUGGGCCGCCGCCACCACCCGCUGCAGUAUGCUGCCAUGGGCCCCGUCUGUGCCGGGGCGGCCUGCAGCAUCGUCAGCGAGGUCCGCUUUCACCAGGCCGGCUGCUGCUUCCUCUUCGCCGCCACCUUCCUCCGCGGGCUCAAGUCCAUCCAGCAGAGUCUGCUGCUGCAGGAGGACAGGCUGGAUGCCAUCUCCUUGCUCUGCCUCACCUCCUUGCCCAGCUUUUGCAUCCUGUUCAGUGCGGCCAUGGCUCUGGAGGUGGGCCCUGCCUGGGCAGGCGUCCUGCGAUAUGACAGCACCCUCUGGGGCUACGUCCUGCUCAGCUGCCUCGGCUCUGUCCUCUACAACCUGGCCAGCUUCUGUGUCAUCUCCCUGACAUCAGCCCUCACCAUUCAUGUCCUGGGCAACUUCAACGUCGUGGGCAACCUGGUGCUGUCCCGGCUGCUCUUUGGCAGCCACCUGAGUGGGCUCAGCUACGUGGGCAUCGGGCUCACACUGGCUGGGAUGUUCAUGUAUCACCACCCUGACUUGAUUGCUGCUCGUUGGGCAUCAUGGCAGGGCCAGGCCCAGGGCAAAUGGGAAUAGCUCCCAUGCACAGGGCAGAGAGCUGCCAUCCAGGGUGAUCCAGGAAGCCAGAGAGCCUGCGGCACACAUUGCGUGUGCGAGCGGGUUUCUAUGUGUGCACAGCUCUGCGUGCAGGUCAACACGUGUGUAAGCGUGUGCACAGGCUCUGCAUGUGUGAGCGGGUCUCUGCGUGCACAGCUCUGCAUGCAGGUGGGCAAGACAUGUUCAUUGGUGUGCACAGGCUCUGCGUGUGCAAGUGGGUUUCUGCAUAUGCACAGCUCUGUGUGCAGGUGUGUGUAUUGUAUGCAGGCUCUGAGUGUGCAUGUGGGACCACAGGCUUUUCCUGUGUUCUUCUGUGUGCACACACUGCCUCAGUGUGUGCACGCAGCUCUGUGUGCAGGUGUGGACAUGUGUGUCUGCAGGCUCUGAGUGUGUGUGCGGGUGUCUGUGCACACAGGCUCUGCAAGUGUGUUUGUGUGUGCAAACACAGGCUCUGCAUGGGCAGGUGUGUGUGUGUGCACACACAUGGCUCUGUGUGUCUGAUCGCUGUCCCCUCCUGGGGAAAGCACAGAGUAGCAUGUGUCUGUGUAUGUGUGUGAGUGUGCAAGUGUGAAAAUGUGAGUGUGCACUUCACUACUGAGCUCUGCUGGAUGGAGUAAAUCUGGAGUGUGUGUACAGGGCUAAGUGUACAUAUGUUUUUAAACUCUCUCCUGGGGGAUGGAGCAUAUCAAGCCUGUGCUGGGGGGUCAGAGGUCUUCUGAUGACUAUAGCCAUCUGCCUCCUUCCAGGGUUGAGUGGUCUCUCAUGUGGCCGAGUGAGGAUGAGCAUCCCCAGAUCUUGUUCCUACCGUUCUGGGACAUGCUGAACCCCAGUGCUCCCCACUCUGAUCCCAUGGCACCCUGGCCCCGGGGCUGCAGGCAGGCUGCGGCAUCCCGGCUGUGCCCUCCUGGCUGCUGCUGCUCCAGCUCCGGCCCUCAGUGGCUGCCUUCCGUCAGAGCCAGGAUUGCCCCCCAGGGCUGCCUCUCCUGCGUUGGUCCUCCCCGACCAUCUCAGGCUGCUGCUGCUGGAGCUGGGCAGGCGCAAGCAAGGGUCCUGGGCAGCCUGCUCAUCCCAGGGGCUCCUUCCUGGAGGCUGUGAGGACCCAGCAAAACCAUGGGGAUGUCUCAGACUGCCCCACCAUCAUCCCAGGGCUCCAGGGCUGGAGCAUGGUGGGCAUGCUUAUAUUUGCAAAUGGAGGUGUGCACCCACACAGAGCCUCCAGCCAGGCUGUGCGUAUGCCAUGGCAUGGGUGCGCACACGUCCCAAUUUGUGCUGACACACACACACACACACACACACACACACGUGUGUGUGUGUGUGUGCACUCGGACGCUGACACACACCCUCGGCAACUCUAUGUGGGGACAGACCCAUGCUUGCACCUGGGUGAGCAUCCCCCCUAGCAAGCACAGGCUUGGUGCUAACCUGCCAAGAAGCAUGUUACUGUUCUCACACCCGUAUGUCUGGGAGCUUUCCUCCCAUGUAUGGGUGCCCACACUCCAGAGCACACGUGCUCCCACCCGGAUGAGUGCAGGAUCACAGACACUCCCUGUGUGCAUGUGCACCACAGCUGUGGCACUCACCGUGCUGGCUGGGCAGUGUGUGGGCUGCUGCUGCACUCAAGGUCUCCAUGGCGGGGAGGGAGCCCUGCCUGGGCCAAAGGACUGCUCUAAAUGCACUUGUCCUGAAAUAAAACUCUAUUUUUGUUGU